AUGAGUUUUAGAGAUAUUCUAAAUAAUACUUAAAAAGUUAAAAAAAUAACAAAAGUUGCUUUCAAUGCUUUAGAUGAAGAUGACAGUGGUUAUUUAGAAAGGAAGUUAAUAAUUAUAAUACACAUUUUAGGGAAUUAAUUUAAAUUCUAAAUAAUUGUGCGGAUACUUUAAAAAUUGAAAGACCAUCAUCAGAGGAAAUGGAUGAAAUAUUAAAAGAAUUAGAUGAAAAUUCAGAUGGAAAAGUUUCAGAAAAUGAAUUUUAAAAAUUAAUUGAGCAAGUCUUAGGUAUUAUGGCUAAAAUAGAAGAAAAAUGA